AUGACGCUUCAACUGCAAAUUGAAAAGCUGAAAGGCUUGGAUAAUUACAAGGCGUGGUCGAUGACAAUGCGUGCGUAUUUGGAGUCCGAAGAUCUAUGGACUGUAGUUGAGAACGGACCGGAGAACAAUGAAGAGUCACUGCUGAAGGAUAAACGUGCCAAAUUCCUUAUACUCUGCCUGAUAGAAACGAAGCUCUGCCAGUUUAUGGUCAGCAUACGCACGGCCCGGGAUCUGUGGAAUUAUUUGCGUACCCAGCAUUCUCUUCGUUAAGACGUCCAAUUUACCUACGCCAAAUAGAGAAAAGAAAC